UUCUGACAGGACUUUUCACUCACUCACUCACCCGGAGAGAGAGAGAGAGAGAGAGAGGCUUUUCUGUGCGCGCGCUGGAUCGUGGCAAAUUCUAUUGUAAUGUUAAAAUCAGAAUGUCCGAGCUGGGAGAAGGGCUGACACGCACACGGUCACUGUUUCACUGUGUUUCACGGUGUUUCACUCAGUUGUUUUUAUUUUUUUUACAACUGAGUUCAUUUUCUACAGCAGGAAUGAUUUAUUAGUCGUUAUGUAGAAAUGCUGUUGAGUUUAGUUUCCUUUCAUGACUCUAACGCAGAGAAAUGACUGAAGCGGCGGAAGUAAACGCUGCUGGUUUUACAUGUUUGCUUUAUAAAAAGGGAAGAAAAGGACGCAGGAACAUCCUUCCUUCGCCGCGACCUGGUUUUAGCUCGCCCAGGACUUUUAGCGGAGAGGGACUAUGUCCGGAACCUCGCUGUUCGUUGAGGCUUUCCUGCGCGGCGGAGCGCCGUGGGGCUUCACCCUCAAAGGCGGCCUGGAGCACGGCGAACCGUUAAUCAUCUCAAAGGUAGAGGAGGGUGGGAAAGCCGGGUCUCUACAGUGCCCCCUGCUGGUCGGGGAUGAAGUCAUCAUCAUCAAUGGUGUGGAGUUGAGUGGGUUCAGACAGGAGGCCAUUUCACUGGUCAAAGGAUCCUACAAGACUCUCCAACUCACAGUGCGCAGGUUGAGAGCCGAGUGCAGCAGCCAAAACACAGAAUCCUGCAGAGAGCACUGUGCAGAUUUAUGCUGUAGUGAGACCCUUACACCGUCACCUUCCCAUCAAGCCGAUACAGACAGAUGCAGCAAAGGAGUUCAGAUACGCAUCAAACACAGGAGCAGUGAGCCUGUGUCCCGUCCUCAUUCCUGGCACUCUGCUAAGGUGGGCGAGGGCCCUCUGGACUCUGGCAGCAUGAUGCAGAUAUCCCAGGGUGCCAUGGGAGCUCCCUGGCACCAAAGCUACCAUGCCAGCGCCUCUACCACAGACCUGUCAAGUUAUGACGCAGGAUAUCUGAGGAAAAGUCCAGACCAGUACAGCUCAAGGGGAAGUAUGGAAAGCCUAGAUCAUUCACACCCUGCUUACAGUUCCUGCAAUCAGCUGUCAGUCUCCAAAUCCUCAAAUAGCAUUGACCAUCUCCACAGCAAACGUGAUUCUGCAUACAGUUCUUUUUCUACCAGCUCAAGUAUUCCAGAAUACCUUGCAGCUGGGCCAUCAUUCAGCAAGGAGCGGUCAUACUCCAUGGACAGUGUCCCUCAACAUAGAACUACAGAAGGCAUGCAUCAGGCUGAUAUUCGUUAUGUCCGCACAGUAUAUGACUCUCAACAGGGUGUGUCAGCAGAGCAAGAGGUCCUUUCUGCAGCAGGGAUAAAAACAAAUGAGACCAAAGGACAGUCUAGAUGUGGAAGCACACAGGACAGGGUUUGUCAUCGUUCUAACAGCACCAGUGGCAGCAACAAUAGUAGUGGAAACAGCCAUUGUGGUACAGUCACAUCUCAUCGUCAUAGUGCAGGUCCAGCAUGGGGCCAAACACACAAUGACAACUCUUACGAUAACCUAAAGGGGGCGCCUUCGCCUCCCUUACGUAGUGACAGCUAUGCAGCGACUCGGAAUCAUGAGCGACCCAGCUCUUGGUCCAGUCUUGAGCAGGCUCGGUCUUUACGGGCUCUCCAAAAGGGUUCUUGGCAUCACUCUAGUGGUUCUGUGGCAUCAGGAAAACCAUCAUUUGGAAUAGAGGGUCAACUUCACACAGUAAUUGAAAAGAGUCCAGAAAGUAGCCCAACAGUUAAACCCAAGCAAAGCCUUCCACCUUUAUCUCAGCCUGGAUCUGCCAUGCUGCCGACCAGCAUCUACCCUGUUCCACUGCCAGAGCCCCAUUUUGCACAGAUGCCGACUACAAUCCCAAGCUCUAGUACUGUAUACCCAGCACUUGCCAAGGAGAGCAAACCUAUCCCUCAGAAAGAACACUGUGGAGAAACGGAUUCUGAUGUUAGGAUGACAACAGAAAAUGGAUACCAAAGCACCGCUUCCUACUCCAAUUCUGUCCAAUCACUUGUUUUUCCGCAACCUAAACAGACAAACCAAGUGAAAGAUGACCCACAGACCAAAUGUGGCUUUUAUAGGUCUCAUUUUCAUACUCAGGGGUCCAAGCCUCAAGUGUUGUCCAUAGGCCAGGAAAGAAAGGAUCCUUACACCCCUGUUCAGCCAAGGCGAGAGAAACCCAGAUACUCACAUGGCAUGGAUGUUAUGGAGUCUUAUAGACAACCCAGAGAGGAAGAGCUAAGCAGAUGUCAAGAACAGAAUGUCCAUCUACAACCAUUUUACUCAUUAUGUGAGGUUGUACAGGAACAUGCCCUACCUCAAGGAAAUGAUCAAAGAAUCAACACUUCAGGUAGGUUCCACAACGAACCCAACACCUAUCAGCAGAGGGACCAAGACCUGGAUCAUCCCCUAACCCGACUUGAGAAUGCACUAGUAGAGGUUCAGAGAUGUGAUACCCCACAAAGCACCACUAGCAGCAACCAAAUUGAACGUAGCAUGUCAGUAAUGGAAAAAGUCAGUCACUUUGAGAGACAGCAGACCAAACCACGUAGUCACAGUCACACCCUCUCCAAUUACAGCUCCUCAGUUUGUCCAAGUCAGGCUACCCCCAGCAUCAAGUGGUCCCUGUCUGGACUGCAGAAAGGGUAUGUUCCUCAAGGAAGGUGUUGGGGCACCAGACAUGAGGGAAAUGCAGAAUCAUUACAGGAUUUACAGCCAGGGUAUGUUAGCACUGAUCAAGCUCAACAUAGGAAACCGCAUGACCUACACAGAAGCAAGAGCUCUUUCCAGCUAAAUGAAGAAAAUGGCCAAGACUUUCAUAGGAGCAAGAGCACUUUUCAUCUCGAGGAAAACAGCAAGGAUAUACAAUGGAAAGAAGGCCAUCAAGACAUUUUAGGCACAGUUCCUGACACUACCUGUACUCGAGCAUACAGAGACAGCAUUAAGGAUGCUCAGUCUAAGGUGUUGAGAUCCACUUCAUUCAGAAGACGAGACUUAAACAUAAACCCUCCUCCUGUUCCUGCGAAGCAUAUGUCCCUGGAUAGAAAGGGAACGAAUACGUGCCCCAAACCCACAUCUCCACACACUCCUAAGGAACGGCAUGUUAUUCCUAUCGAGCUACCAGACAAGGCCACUGCUCCUGAGCUUCCAAGAGUGCCUCCUGUAGGGCCUACAGUUAUGCGAAUAUGUGGACGAAAAAGAUUGACCAUGGAACAAAAGAAAUUGUCAUACUCUGAGCCGGAGAACAUUCAUGAGGUCGGAACUUCUGAUCAAGAGUCUAGCUUAUUUCAAAGGAAGGUACCACCGCAAUUCCAGCUCCCUGAGACAAGUGUUGCAGAUCGACGAAGGAUGUUUGAACUUGUAGCUACUCGUAGUUCAGGUACUACAUUGGGCACUUCUAAACCUGAGUUAAAGCAAAUGCAGCAAGAUGCUUUGGCUGAUUAUGUGGAGCGUAAGACUGGUCGACGAAUGGAAGGACGUCUUCAUCGUCCUCAUAGUGCCUACAUGCAGUCAACCUCCUGUUUGGCCAUGGACUCACAAAGCCGGACCUCCACAACUAGCAUGAGCUCUCUUCAGGAACCAGGAAGAGAGAGCAUCUCUGAAGUUAACCGCCAGUCUUUCACUCUUACAGCCAAUACACAAUAUCCUUUGCACUCUAAAAUAAAUAGCCACACUCGGUCAAAAUCAGAAAACUAUCACCCUUCCUUUAGACCACAGAUUGCAGAACCACAGAAACCAGAAAGGCAAGCAAAGAGAAUCAUUCCCAAUCAUGCUCCAGAUCCAAACUUGGCUCACUCCCACAAUACUCCUGCUAGUCAAAGCUUAGAUGAGAUUUUUGAAAAAGCAGUUUCAGCCAGAAGCUCAGGGAAAUCAGCUUCUGCAGAGGACCUCUUAGAUCGCAAAGAAGGUCAUCUUGUUUCUCAGCACUUCAGAUCAAAAUCCUCUCCGACUGUGGAAAACCACAAUCUGGAUGCCUUGGCCAAAGACCUCAGAUUGUUCGGGAGUGUUUCUAAAGUAAACAGAGCAUCAAGUGUAGCACCUGAGCAAAGAUCACUCAGUGAAGUUGGUCUGGAACGGAGCUCAUCGCUAAACCCGGGUCUAAAUCAGGCGCAGCCACCCGUGAUAAGGCGGGAGCGACAGCGCCACUCAGACCGACCGCGGUCUCACAGCGCCUCAGGCCUGGCAGCUUCUGUCGGAUUGCCCUGUCCUUUCUCCUCUUCGGAGUGGCAAAGGACCAACAAUACACAAUGCCAACCCAACCUUGAUGCCAUUACGUUCCCAGGCACUGUUCCUGAAAAUGAAACAAUUCCGUUUUCAGAAAAGGACAAUCAAAAUUCUGCCAAUGCCACCAGUUCCAAAGAAGCACCGAACAACUUGGAGAAGACAGACCAUGACCUUUCAGCUCCUCACCAAGGAGUUGCAGAGUCGCUCACAUCUUUCUCUUUCAACCCACCUCACGAGCCAUGCCAUUCUGGAUUGCCCACUUCUCCCAAAGACUCUCCCAAAGAUAUCUCUCCCAUUCGGUCUCUCCACUCUCUACGGAUCUCAGAGUCUAGUCUUGGCUUUGCCCAGUCUGUUUCACAGGAGGAGGAUGAUGAUGUGUUUUUAACUCCAACUUCUCCACCACUAAACCCACUGUCAAGAAAAGAAGGAAACCUAUCUGAAGAACCUUCACUUCCCUACCCAUCAGACCAGUCCCAAAUAAAGGAAGAGGCACUCGGCAUUACAGUGUUUCAAGAAUCACAAAAGAUGAUCAGCACCUCUGAGCAUCCAUCUGUCACAACCACCCACCAAGAAAGAGACGGUCAGUUGCAUAACCUCUUAACCCUGUCAGUAACCACUGACCCCAAUAUCAUCGCUGUGAUCUCUGAAGCCGAGACAGAAGAGCUCUCAGAAAGCCAUGAAUUGCCAUUGCUGGCCAGGAGGGAGCGCACGGAGGUGGAGAUCCGGGUAGAGACUCUUGCCCGGGAGCUGGUAAGCCGGGAUGAGGCUCUUGUUCCUCUUCUGGACAUCUGGGCAAGCACCACUACACUGGACUUGAUGGAGGACAUCUUUCCUUUCUGCUCCUCUGGUCCAUGGCACCAAGGCAAGAAUGGCAGCAGUCAUGCGGGUGACAGUGUUAAGAAUACAGUGUGUGUUCCUCCUGAGGAUCAUGCGAGCCCCGUUCAGGGAAAAAUAGAGACUAAUCUGGAUGAGGAAGAGUCCAACUUUAAUGAGAAGAAGGUGGAGCUCCUCCAGGUUCUGACCUCGAGCAUAGAGGCAUUGCGGACAGAGAGAGAGAGACUGGCCGAGGAGCAGCAGUGCUACUGUACUUUGGGCUGCAGGAUAGAGGCGCUGGUGCAGGAGCACUGCAAACCCAAUGAGACUGACAAGUACCGCAUGUUCAUCGGCGACCUAGAAAAAAUCGUCAAUUUGCUGCUUUCUCUGAGCGGACGCCUGGCACGUGUGGAGAACGCCCUUAACGUCCUGCAGGGGGAGCCAGAAAAGGGAAGCGACGAGGAGAAGGCAUCCUUGCAGCAGAAACAAAUGCAGCUGCGCAGUCAGCAGGAAGAUGCACGUGAGCUGAAAGAGAACCUGGACCGACGUGAGCGCAUUGUGCUCCAGUUCCUGAGUGGCUAUCUGAGCACCGUGCAACUGCAGGACUAUCGCCGCUACAUUCGCGCCAAACCGGCCCUGCUCAUCCGCCAGCGCCACCUGGACGAACUCAUCCGCCAGGGAGAGGAACAACUGUGCAGACUGAGUGAGAUCACGAAGCAAGAGCUCAACCCAGAAACAGGCUUCACCCCGUCAUCUUGUAGUGAUUCAUUCAGCUCGACAAGACCGACCGCUGUGACCUCACUCUGACUGCUUAUUAGCCCUGAAAGCUGCUGAGAAGAAACACAGUCAGAACAAGUGAGAGAGAGAGAAAGAGAGACUCACUGUUAUUAUUGUUGCAUCACCCCUCACAUAUGGGGAAGUGCCUUAAGUGAAGGAAUUUUAAACAACAUGAAGGACAAUGUUAUUGCUCGCUUUAGAGAGGGUCAAUAGAUCUGUUAGCACUACAUGCUAUAAAUCACCACCUGUGCCUGUCUUUAUGGAUAUUAAGCGGUUUUCCUGCUUCUGAUGUGAUUCAAAAUGAAUAGUAACGCUGUAGUCACACAUACACACAAACACACAAUUAAUAGAAGAAGCUACUGUUAAAAUAAAAACUCUGAGGAACUAUCUUCAGAUUUACUUCUUUUCACAAAUUUACUUUAAUUUAAACAGCUCGAAGGCUUUCGGGCAUAGCAAUAAUUAUUUAUGAAUAUAUAUUCUACGCAGAAAUAUGUGUACUGUGUAAAAGUACAUAAAGGAGAGCUGGUCCAGUUGUUUUCUGUACAGUAAAUGCACACAUACAGCCACGACUACAUCAAUUCUCUGUGUAAAGAAAAUAAAAAUCCUUUUUUUCCUAACCCUAGAUAAGUAAAAAAAACAAACCUUAAGUACAUCUUUAAUACUUUAACACAAUUUUUGUAUCCACUAACUGUUUCAGAGAAUUUUCUGUUUGUAGGAUUGUUGCAUAGGUAUAAACCGUGGCGCUGCUGUUCUGGCCGACUUGUACAGCGCUUUCCAACAGUGGCAUCGCUUAGACAGAAAAUACACACACACACAGAUUAAUUUCUACUGAUAUGACAGACUUUAUAAAGAUAUCUUCCUAUUUUGAAAUCAUAUUAUUAUUCUUGAAACAUUGCAACCAUUUUUUUUUACGUAAACAUCUUUAUCCUAGUUUGACACUAUUUCUUUGUUUACCCUCUAACAAAAAAAGUGUGGCUUUGUAGGACGUCUUUGGCGUGCUGCUGUGUCUGGCACCAGCUGUGGAUUGGACCUGGACCUGUUUUUCCGGCUCUACCCAUGAGCUUUCGACCAGAUUGGGAUCAGGGGAGUUUGGAGGCCAAUCUGAUCAAACCCUGUGGUGCACCUGGUGCCUUUCUAUUGUGGCCAGCAUUUCUUUUUUUUUUUUGCAGUUUGUUCUGCAUUGGCUUUUCUGCGGGAUCGGACCAGACAGGCUGGCCUUUGGAUCCCACGGGCCUUUGGUGCCCAUAAUCCUGUCACCUCUUAGGCUUCAUAAUAGUAUGGCUGAUCAUCAUCGCGCAGAGUAAUUAAGGAGAUGAUAAGGUUAGACAUGCACUCGGUGAAGGAAGGCAAAACCUACCUAUGGUAUACAGCCUGAAAGGUACAACUGUACCAGCUCUCCCUUAUAGUGUUUGCUCAGUCUCUGUAUCACUGUAUUAAACCACUGUGAACAAGCAACGGCAUGACAGUAGCAUUAUAUUGCAAAAUAUGCAAGUAAACGACACAAAAGGUGACUGCAGAGUCUAAAACACAUCCCAUGCAUUUGUGUUUACUAAGCAUGCAAUCCACAUCGACAGAGCACUUCAUGACUGGUCUGCUACUUCUGAUACUGAAUAAAUUGUGUAUAUACACACACACACACACACGCAAGAUACAAGAUACACAUGUGCACGGCCACCCAGUGAAACCUAAGAACUGCCAUGGAAUGUUGAAUUAUUUAUAAAUAACCUUUUUAUGAGGAUGUGUGUCAUUUGUACAUGUACAUACGCUGUGCUAAUCUCAAAAGUGUUUAGUGUUUAAAACAGAUUUGCCCAGAGUGCACACAGCCUGUAAAUAAUGUCAGUAAAUGUUAUAUUCACAGUCAGAAUUUUUUAAAGUGCACAUAUUGCUGAACUGUUGUAAAUGCUUGUUAGGGAUAAAAACAAUAUUUUAAUUAAACAUCUGUUCAUUUCCCCUCCAUACAGUAUGUGUUAGUAAUUCAUAUUUCCACUGCAGCUGUAUCAGCACAUACUAAAAACAUUGUUUUUCUCUGUCGCCCAUAAAUGUUUCUUUUUCACCUUUAUGUCACUGAAUGCAAAUUUAAAACAUUUACAGAAUAUUAUAACCCUGUACAGAUUCAUGUAAAACACUGAGUACCAUCGGUACUUUACACUUUUCGCCUUGGAUAGAGUUGAAACUGACAGCUGCGUUGUUUUUUUGUUUUGUUUCGUUUUUUUAAUGGUUAAUGGAACACUGACUUGAUUUGUUCUGUUUGGAAAAAAGUAAAGACAAAGCACGGAUACGUUUCACAAAUAAAUCUAUUGUAUAAAAGCAAA